CUUCGGACCUAUCAACAAACUCACGUGAGCCGCUGGUUCUUAAUUGCAACCGAAAUAACAACGGUAGUUAGUUCUACGCAGGUAGUCAUUGACGAAAGGUAAACACGUAACUAAAUACUCAAACUCAGUACUUUUUAUUUAUUUUCACGUAGUGUAAAAUAGACAUAAGUGCGAUUUGGUUUUUUUCGUGAUUGAAAUAUGAUUAAAUCAGUGACAUUCGCAAUAUUUAUGGUAAUUAUAGUCUUUGUAAUUAGCAAAUUUACUUACGGACAGUUUGAAGAUUAUCAGGUAGAUUUGGACGAAGCCUGGUUCACGGAAGAUUUGUACAAUGAUCCGUACUUUAAUAACUUGAGCCAAACGAAAAACUAUGGAUUUAUUGCACCAGGAACCAAAUGGUGUGGUCAAGGUGACAAGGCUGAAAGUUACGAUGAUUUAGGAAAAUUCAAUGAUACGGACAUAUGUUGUCGUGCACACGAUAAUUGUCCAAUGAUUAUAAAAGUCGGUGAAACAUGCCAUGGCUUAACUAAUCCAGAUGCUUCUUCAAGAUUAAGUUGUGAUUGCGACAGAGAUUUCUACAAAUGCCUGAAAAACAACCGCAACAUCGUAAGCAAAACAAUCGGGACAAUCUACUUCGACUUGCUGAAGAAAAAGUGUCUUGCCUGCAUCGCCGGAGACUACCAUUGGGCGGAAAACGAGGCUUAUUCCGAAGCCAAGUUCAUUUUGUUUAUCCGAAAUUUGCUGAACUGAAUAGAAGGCCAUAGACUUCCAAGUUAGUCCUGAAAAAAAAAAAUAAAUUAAUUAAUUAAAUUAAGCAUUAACAUCCAAUUAAAGCGAGGAGAGCGCUA